UCAAAAUUGAAGAAGACAAAGAAAUAGCUUCCCGAAAUAGAAAUCUCUCAGACAUAUAACAAUAGCUUCCUUCUUCUUCUUACAGUUACUUUCUUCUUCGAUUAGCCACUUUUUUUUCUUUUGUAAUUUUCCUUUCUUUUUUUUUUCUUUUGAAUUUUCGGGAAGCAGCAUUUCCACUGGAGCUGCAAAAUCUUCCUAUCAAAAUUAUAGAUCGAUCCAAGUUUUAGAUUCGAGAAUUAUUUUCUCCAAAUUAGAUUUAUAUAUCAAAAGGAAUCGAAAAUAGACAGCAAUUUUUGUUUUGUCGGAUCGUAUUGAAUCAGCUGUGAAUUUUAGCGCCAAUUUAACCACUGAAUCGUUUGAUUAGAAGCUAAGAUUUGGUCUUACGAUCGAUCUAAGUAGGGUUCUUCUUCUUAAGUGUGUGUUUUGUUAAAAUUAGUAAAGAGAGAUGGAGAAGAAGAAAGUCGCGACUCCGCUAGUGUGCCAUGGCCAUUCGAGACCUGUUGUGGAUUUGUUCUACAGUCCAAUCACUCCUGAUGGUUUCUUCCUCAUCAGCGCAAGUAAAGAUUCUCAACCAAUGUUGAGAAAUGGGGAAACUGGAGAUUGGAUUGGUACAUUUGAAGGUCAUAAAGGUGCUGUGUGGAGUUCUUGUCUUGAUAACAAUGCUUUACGUGCAGCUUCUGCAUCUGCUGAUUUUUCAGCGAAGCUUUGGGAUGCUUUGACUGGGGAUGUCUUGCAUUCUUUUGAGCACAAGCAUAUUGUUCGAGCAUGCGCCUUCUCUCAGGAUACGAAAUAUCUAAUCACAGGAGGAUUUGAGAAAAUUCUUCGUGUUUUCGACUUGAAUCGCUUGGAUGCACCUCCUACAGAAAUUGAUAAAUCUCCUGGUUCUAUCAGAACACUAACAUGGCUUCACGGUGAUCAAACAAUAUUAAGUUCUUGCACUGAUAUUGGUGGUGUGAGGUUAUGGGAUGUGAGGAGUGGCAAAAUAGUGCAAACUCUAGAAACCAAGUCUCCUGUCACCAGUGCUGAAGUGAGUCAAGAUGGACGGUAUAUAACAACUGCCGAUGGGUCAACUGUUAAAUUUUGGGAUGCAAAUCAUUUUGGACUAGUGAAAAGUUACGACAUGCCCUGCAAUAUCGAAUCUGCAUCGCUUGAGCCAAAAUCUGGCAACAAAUUCGUUGCUGGUGGAGAAGAUAUGUGGGUUCGACUCUUUGAUUUCCACACCGGAAAGGAGAUUGGAUGCAACAAGGGACAUCAUGGUCCGGUUCACUGUGUGAGAUUUGCACCAACAGGUGAGUCUUAUGCUUCAGGGUCUGAAGAUGGUACAAUCAGAAUUUGGCAAACUGGACCGGUGAAUCCUGAAGAGAUCAGCGAGUCAAAGCCGAAGCAGAGUGUGGAUGAGGUUGCUCGUAAGAUUGAAGGCUUUCACAUUAACAAGGAAGGAAAAACCGCAGAGAAACCAUCUGAUGCUUAAACCAAGAAAAGAACCAAGAAAAAUGGCUGCUUCUCUUUGUCUUCUUACUGUGUUUUUACUUCCAGACUGAAUAUACGGAAAUUCAAAACAAGUGUUUGAAAAACAGUCGUUGUCAAUCUUCAUUCGAGUCAAGUUUAUGGAUGUGGCUGAAAAUUUACGAAUUUAUGGGGUCUGUUUACGAUUAUAAGACUAAAUAGUGGGGUCAAUUUGUAAUAUUCAGUAAUUUGGC